AUGGCACUAUCAUUAUUUGUCGGAUUUGAUAAUAACCGUCAAAAUAUCUUGUUGGCGCAAGCACUUCUGGCUGACGAAAGUCUUGAAUCUCAUAUUUGGAUGUUCCAGCAAAUAGUUAAGGCUACUAAUACUCAACCUUUAGUUAUACUUACUGAUGCUGAUUCUGCCGUUAACACUGCUAUUCAUCAAGUAUUUACAAAUACAUAUCCAAUCCAUUGUGCAUACCACAUUACUCAGAAUUUGCAUAAAAACUUAAGAAAAUUAUUAGGUGAAACUUAUCAAAAGUUUCUUGAUGACUUUUACCUUUGUCGCAACUGUUUGAGUAAGGAAGGAUUUCAACAAUGUUUUGAACAGCUUGUUAAUAAUCAUACUAAAGCUCAACAUUAUUUGAAAUUUUUAUAUAAGUCCAAAAACUAUUGGGCACACUGUUUUACUAAUUUUAAAUUUAUGGGCGGUAUGAUCGCUACGUCGCGUGUUGAAUCUAUGAACGCAUGCCUAAAGCUUGGCAAUUCCAAUGAUAAAACAUCAGGAAAAGAUGAAAUAAAUCAAUCCGUAUAUUACGUCGCUAAUAAAGUUGCUCGUGAGGAUAUGAAAAGUUUAGAUGAUGAUGAUCUACAAUUUAGUUCUUGGGAAUAUAGUGCUGACGAUUUGCAAGCUAUGCUUAAACAAAUGAUUGAGUUCGUUGGACUAGAUGAUAUUGAAGAGUUAUGGACUAUUAAUGUCGGCAACUCAUUAAAAAGCAAACACUAUGUUAUAUUAUUACAAAAUGGAUCUCAUCUAUGUUCCUGUUUGUCUAUCAUUCAUCAUGGCAUUGUGUGUAGACACUAUUUUCAAGUGAUGUUAGUUACAAGUAAGGCAAAAUUUCAUAUUCGCCUUUUACCUUCACGAUGGUUUUGUACAAGCGAAAAUGGAAUGGAAGAACCAUUUUUAGUUGCAGAUAAGUUUUAUCAAGAAAUACUGAAUCAAUCGAGUUGCUCCUUUUCUGUUCAAUAUUUAUCUGUUCUUGGAAAAGACUCAAUAGAAGAGAAUUUAACUGUUUUAGAGCAAAAAGUCACUUACGGAAAAAUUUAUGAAACGUACAAGAAAGCUCUUUGUAAGGCAUUACAAAUGCAUUCAAAAUCUGAAAAAUUAAUCAGUUUGCUCGAGGAAUUUGUUGAUGAUAGCGAUGAAUCAAAUUUAGAAGAUCAUGAAAGUGUUACUGAUGCAGAUAAUAGUGAUAAAGAAAAUGACGAAAUUGAUAAUUCUAUAGCUUUUUGUAUUAAAAAUCCAAAAGUACGUCACGGUAAGGGUCGACCAACAGGUAGUAAACAUCUCAAAUCAGCACACGAAGCAAGAAAUAUCAAAACAAACCAACGUCGAUGCAAAAAAUAUGGAGAACUUGGUCAUUAUCAAAAGGGUUGUAAG